CGCUUAUUUAAUCUUGUCCAUCUUUUUCAUUAUCCUUUUUUUAUUGCUUUUUUUUUUUCUUUUCUACAGCUUCUCUUUCAAUUUUGUACUGUCUGUUAUUUUUGGCCACCAAUUUUGUGUUUCGCUGGACUUUAUGGUUUUCUCUCCCGAAGACGAUAACUGGGAAGGCGAGCUUAACUUCUCUACCGGCACGUUUCUGAAGUCUCCUAAACCGGCUUUCGCCGGUGGACCUCUGUACCUUCAGGAUCAUGAAGCGGAUCUAGCCCUGGCCAGCCACCGUUUGCUUGACACGCAAUCCAUCGACGACGACGAUACCGAGUCCACUUUUUCCAGUCUUCACUCGGACAAGACCAGCCUUAAUGGGAUCGACGAGUUGUCGGAUAUUGAUUCCUUUAUGUAUUCUCCACAGAUCGUGGCGUCGUCAGGACCCGGUACAAUUACUCAUUUUGGCCACCAUCGUCCGUCGCAUGCCAGCAACGAUUGGUGUGACGAUCUCAAUAUUCCCGAGACCGAUUUUCCCAAAUUCUCUCGGCGAACGCAGCCACCGGUAACCAAGCUUGCCGAUGAGUUUCUGAACGACGGCAACGCCGUUGACGUGGCAGCAGAAGAAGAACCGGCGCGAAGAGUACGGUUCAACGAUACCGACCAAAUCAACACUUACGCACCGUGGAGUCAUACAUCCACGCUGGAUUUAUCCCAUGAGGCGCGCCCCAGUAGGGAAGCUUCCAUUCCUGUUUUUGAACCAGAAGCCGACGACGAAACAUUUGAUGACCUUCAGUUUCCAGAAGACAUGGCGGAUUUGAACCCACGGUUGGACCGUCGGAAAGCCGGUGUGUUGAGUCCUAAAAGGGCGGUCAUCUCAAGCAAGUUUAUCGAGCAGGACCAGGACGAUGAUUUUUGCAAGGAUCUCUCCAUCAACAGCGACGAUACGUUUUCCAUCGAUCGAUUAGUCACGGAAACCCAGGCCAAUACCAACGCGACCAACACCGAGCAUCUCAACCACCACAGCACCGGCAACGGUGUCCACCCAACAGGUACUAUUAGACGAUCAACAUUUCGGCUCGGAAGGACCGCGCUUAAGCCCAACAACGCGACUCCCAACCAUCGACCGUCGCCCUCGAACGUUUCGCAGAUUCCUCGUCCCACUGAUCUCCAUACGCGGAAUAUAACGAUGAGUGGAAAACUUCCUGAACGUCGAGAAUCCAGGCGCAGCUUCAAGGCCCCCACGUUUGCUUCGAGACAACGUCACAUGGAGACAACCUCCAAACCACCUCAGACGCGGUCGAAUGCGCUUCUAAACCAAACGACGCGCACCAGUAUGCCGCGUACACGUCCCACCCCCAAUGGGGUAGCCCCUGGUGCCAGUCAUGCUGAAUCCCAAGCCAAGACGCCUUCCGUACGCAGAGGACCUACGGGUCUGACCCUUUUCUGCAAACCGCACUCCAAGGUUCCUUACGGCAACGGCACUGAACUGGAUGAUCUCGAUAACAUACCGACGUGGCGAGGGUCUAGGCAGUCCACCCGGGUCACGGAAACCGCCAGGACGCAGGAAUCGAUGAAAAGUAUGAAAGACAUGCAACAACAAGCCAAGAACCGUUUACGGCACAUCCGUUCCAUGCCACAAUUGACAUUGAACGAAAUGAAAAAACGAGCCGACAACACCCUGGCCAUUACACGCCAACCGGUCCACUCCAAAGUGAGAGCGGUGAAAGAUACAUCCGAUGAAGCCCGAACCUCGGUGGAUCCUAAACGUCCUUGGCGACAGAAUAUGUCUCUUCGAAAGCCAACAUUGAUUCGAAUGUCCGAUCAGCCAAGCAAACAAGAAUACAAUAACAUGGUGUACGAUCCGACCACUUACCAAUGGAAAGGGAACGAGAACGUGGUGACGAAAUUCGAUGGAGUCCCUGCGAAAACGGCUGUGGGCAAGGCCAGUCCUCCCACCAAAGUGCGGCCUGUUUUGAUCAAAAAGACACAGAAAAGUGCAAACAAGUACACGCAAGUGAUGGUAGGGUCGAUGAUUUUUGACGAUAACCAGCUUUGCUGGAAGAAGGUCGACAACGGUGACGGGACAGCCGACGUGGAAGACGACGUUUUUACGAACAUUGAGGACUUGCCAGAGAAUGGCCCUACGACGCGAACACAACCAUGGCAGAAAUUUGCGCAAACGGAACAGCCCGAAUUUGAGUUGUCGAAACCCGUUCAACACGAAAUGAUGCAAGAAGAAGAACGUCAUUGCGAACUAUUCAAACACUUUCCGUUGUCAACCAAUGAACGAAUGGUCGAAAAUUGGGCAGGACAAAAAGUACCUGCGUUUACAGAAAUCCCAUUCAUGAGCUACUAACUAUGAAUAUGUCGCACCAUCAAUUUUUUUUCUCCAUUUUUCCCAACCAACUAUGUUUUGUUGCGUGCCUUUUUUUUCUAUAUUAUAAUCUAAAAUACAUGUUUAUUAUCCCCUCCUACCUCUCAUUUUCCAUCGUAUGCGAUAAUCAAAGGUUUUGUAUUAUUCUUUUUCUCUCUUACCUUAUGUGAACAAUGACACCA